AUGGCGGCAGCACAAACACAAACAAUCCCGCUCACAGCGCCACAGCCCGGGUCCGAGUCGGACACAACUCCAGCACCGGCUCUGCCGCCGAUCUCGCGCAGGAAACAAGCCUCGGUGCUCCUCUCGGCCUUCGUAACCAUCGCUCUCACAAUAGGCUACAACCAGACCUUUGGCGUCUUCCAGGAGUACUACCUCUCGCCGGACCAGAACAUCCUGUCGCCCCCUCCGUCGUCGCAGGCCUCGCCGCCGACCGCGCUGCUCGCCUUCGUGGGCACCCUGUGCUACGGGCUGACCUGGGCGGGCGGCAUCCUGGUCAACCCAGUGAUAGCGCGCAUCGAGCACGGGACCUGGGGCUUAACCGCCGCAGCAACCACGCCCUCGAGCCGCCGAUGGCGCCGCAGGAUCCUGCGUGUCUUAACGCCAAGGUCGAUCACCACCUCUGGCGUCGUCAUCAUGUGCGCCGGCUUCGCGCUCGCUUCCCUCGCUAGCUCCAUAUGGCAGCUCCUGCUUACCCAGGGCUUCCUCGUCGGCCUCGGCAUGUCCCUCUUGUACUUCCCGCUCCUCGCCCCGGCGCCUGAGUAUUUCACUAGCCAUCGGGCCACGGCUAUGGGCUUUAUUCUAGCCGGUGGUGGUACGGGUGGUCUCAUCCUGUCGCCUGUGAUUCGCGCACUUCUUAGCUCCGUCGGCGGCCGCUGGACCCUUCGGAUCUACGCUGUCUUCAAUCUAUUUGCCGGACUGCCGAUCGCGUGGGCUGUACCACGGAGUCGGUUUGCAACGACCCCAGCCGGGGGAAGGCCUGAAAGGCGAAAUACCCAUGUCUCGCGCUCCUUGUCCGUGAAGCCCACGUUCCUCUUCUCUGUUGUGGCCGCGUUUCUCCAGUCGGCUGGUGCUCAGCUUCCACUCUCCUUCAUCCCUUCUUACACAGUCAUCCUCGGGCAAACCGCAUCCAACGGCGCCAACCUCCUUGCCGCUAGCAACGCCAUAAAUGCCGUAUCUCGCGUCUUUACCGGAUACGCCGGCGAUCGGCUCGGCCGACAGAACACGCUUCUGCUGACGCUGUUCCUCGCCGCGUGCAGCGUCUUCGCCUUCUGGCUCUCCAGCAUCCUCGCCACUACGUCGUCUUCGUCCUCUCUCUGGAUAGCUUUCAUCGUACUCUACAGCAUCUCCGCAGGUGGGUACUACGGACUGUUCCCGGCACUUAUUGCCGAAGUCUUUGGGAUCCAGCAGUACGCCGCCGUGAAUGCGUUUAUACUUUUCGUAAGGGGCUUGGGGACCAUGUUUGGUAGUCCUGUUGGCGGACAGCUGUUAGGAAGUUCGGAAGAGGGAACGGGGGCGUAUGCUAGCAUUGCGUACUGGGAUGGUGCGCUGCUGAUGGGCGCUACCGUGUGCUGUGCUGGGGUGCGGUGGGCUGAUGGAAAGGGAAAGGGGUGGAAGUGGAUUGCUUGA